AGUCAAGUCAACAAAAUUGGAGCCUCAAAAAUCGAGAAUGAAACUGCUUCUCUCGCGGAGAGAACACACACUCAUAAUUAUUUGAUUCACGCACAAAAACAUGGUCUCGCAUUGCUUCUUAUGUUUACACUUCCCAUGUUUUCUUCUCCUCGUUUCCGUUACAUGUUGUUUUUCUCACCCUUCUCUCUUGGGCAUACACCCUCUAGACGAGAAAUAUUACAGCUCUCAGGUGAUCAAGUGUAAGGAUGGAUCAAAAUCCUUCUCCAGAGACCGUCUCAAUGACAACUUCUGUGACUGCCCUGAUGGCACCGAUGAGCCUGGAACUUCAGCUUGCCCCAAUGGAAAAUUUUAUUGCAAAAACCUUGGUAGCAAGCCACAGUUUAUAGUUUCUUCUCAUGUUAAUGAUCAUUUUUGUGAUUGUUGUGAUGGGAGUGAUGAAUAUGAUGGAAACAUUUGUUGCCCCAACACUUGUGUCAUGGGGGGGAACGCUAAGUACACGAUUAGCAAUUGCAAGCCAAAAGCAAGUCAAAAUGGAGUGAAGUCAGAGGAAUCAAUUUAUAACCUUACUGGUUUGAAAUUGGCAAUUAUUCUACAAGUAGGGCUGGUUAUUUUCCUGGUAUUUCUCUGGAGCUUUCGUCGCCGCACCAGAUCUAGAAGGAGGCAUUACCAUUGAGUUUAAAGAUACCUUGUUUACUGGACAUUAAACCUUGGUUUCAUGUUUGUUAUGGAACAAGGUGCUCCAAUACUAUAUUAAUUUAUCAACAGUUCUGAUUGGAUCAACAAAAAGCAUCAUGGAUUUCUCCUUCAUUUUUGCCCUUUUUUAAACCAAUGUCCCUAGAUUCGUCCAUUGCCACCAUUACAAAAACUAGAGCAGGCUGUUGGAGCUCAAGUAGAAGCAGAAAACUUUGAGAAAUUCCAAACAUUUUCAUUUCCUUGAGUCCUGCCAAAUUUAAGAUCAUUUUUUAUUUCUUCUCUUUAUUUCCCAUAACUCAAGAAUGCAAAUUAUUGACCAAAUGCUGCAAUCUUUAAUACUUCUUAGACCUCUGUAACCUUCUUUCUUACACCCACCAAAGCUUUCAUCCACUUGUCUUGCUCUUGCGACUCUUCGAUAGACUUAACAUUUUUGUUGCAUUCCAGUUCCUCUAAUCCAAAUUCUCCUCUUAUCUGCUUCGUUGGAAGCUUGAAGCAGCAAUGCCUGUGUCAUAGUCAUUUUAUAUCUGAUAUCUUACUUGAGGUGCAAUCAAUUGGAUAUUUCAUUUUGAUUGUGGGACUUGUAAUUUAUCUAUUAUCAUGUCUUUGUACAGUUGUUCGAUUCAGUUAAAGACUUGAAGUCUUGAAGGGGCUGGAUAUAGUAGAGUUACAACAUUGUUACUGUUGCAGUUUGUAAAUUCAGGACUUUCUAAGAAACUAAAUUGUGAAAUAUGGAUCAAUCCCGGGACAAGGGACCCACUGGUGAAAUUGUUGGCAGCACUAUGAUCAAAUAAGGAAAUAUAAAAAGCUGUUGAGA